AUGGAGUUCUCAGAAGUCUGGUCAGCGCGGAAGUUGUCGAUCCUCGUGAAACUGGAAGUGCGCUUGUGCGUACUUCAGUGUUUCUGCGAAGCAGAUCGUGCGUUCCUCUCACAUCUUGCCCAGCCGGAGAUGCUGCAGCUACAGUUCAUGACCUUGCACGAUGAGAAAUUGGAAAUGCAGGAGGCUGCGGUAUGUCUUCUUGGUCGCUUAUCCGAACUAAAUCCUGCGCUCGUCUUGCCAAGAAUGCGACGUGUUCUCUUGGAAACCCUAAGUCAGCUGACGAAUAGUGGGCAGGCUAAACUGGAACAACACAGUGCUCGUCUUCUGACGCAGCUAGCGCGUCAAAGCCCGAAGUUCAUGCGGCCAUACUUAGGUCCCCUCCUACAAGCACUGCUUCCGAAACUGAGAAACGAAAUGAAGCAUGUCGACGUUACCGUCCAUGUUUUGCAUGCCAUAUCCGAGCUCUGCGUCGUUGGAGGAGCCGAGAUUGUUCGCAACAUCGAUCCGUUGUUCCAGAAACUUACGCAGUUGAUUAAUGACUCAAGUAGCUUGCAGAGGAGAGAGGCUGCUUUGCUCACUAUUGGCCGCAUUGCACGAUCUACAGCAUAUGUCGUUGAUCCAUACAAGGAUUACCCGAACCUUUUGGAUGACUUGUUAAGGUUGCUAAAAACAGAAAUGUCGUCGAAAAUGCGACGACAGGCUAUAAGCACUUUAGGCAUACUCGGAGCCCUGGAUCCGUACACCCACAAGGUUUUCACUGGAGCAGUGCAGUCAGCAACGUCUAUCAGUACAGCGCUAUCUCUUCCGAUGGCAAGAGAUGCAGCUGAUCCUCGUCAAGACAUAAUACAGUGGUACAACUACGAAAAAUGCACUUUGGAGGAAUUCUAUCCUGCCAUAACUAUAGCUAAUCUGAUGGUUAUGGUUCAAGACGAAGCGUUUAUACAAUACUACAAGGAGAUUGCGCAAGCAUUGUUGACAAUCUUCCGAAGUUUAGGUGAUUCUUUCCCGCAGUACGUACAGCAGGUAAGCAUGUACCGUUUCUACUUCUAUUUUAACGGAGAUACAUUGCUUAUUACAAACUUUUACUUCGAUAAUAAUUUCACUAAAGUAACCAGAGCAUGUCGCGGGAGACCGUCCCAUCGAGAGUUCUUUUUACGACAGCUGGCUAGCCUCGUUGCCAUCAUAAAAGUACAUGCCAAGCCCUACAUGAAACAAAUCUUCAGUUUGAUUGCCGAUGCUUGGAGUGACGACCAGAGUGUAAAAGUAACAGUUGUUAGCGUUUUGGAGCAAAUUGGGACAGCUAUGGGACAAGAAUUUGCUCCACAUGUUGCUGAACUUAUUCCGUAUCUGCUGCACGUGGUACAAACAGACAAUAGUGAGGAUAGGAAGCUAACUGCUCAGGUUCUAUCCUGUGUAAGAUCCCUAUCCGGAUGUUUGACUCCUCAUCUACCCCUCGUUCUUCCUCCGGUUCUCAGCAUACUGGACGAUAAUGCUGUGCCUAUAAGUGUGAGGCAGUCAGCUUUAGAUACCAUUUUACAUCUAACCCGCAGUGAUGACCUGUCCGACUAUGCUCCCCGUCUUAUGCAGUCGUGGCAGUCUGCAAUUUCUGUUCCAGCACUUCAGCCACAAUUACUUGAGCUACUUAUUGAGAUUGUGAACCAGAUGUGGAAACAUUUCGAAGUGUUUCGAAGAGGUGUUGAUGCGAACUUGCGCAAGUAUAAUCUAAAUUCUGGAGAAGCUUAUGAGAAAUACAUUAAAACUGCUCAGCAAGCUAUGCUUCACCCGGCAGAACGACCUGGGAAACGAAGAGGUACAGGACCAGUGCCACCAGAGAGGAUCAACGUCCCCCAUACCUUCACACCAUCAGCAGCCAAGAACAUGGAUCAAAUGCUCACCUGGACUGUCAACAAGCAAAGGUUGAACAUCGAUGCUGUGGUUCGCGCCUGGUCUGUUGACUCUUUAGUGUCGAAGGAGGAAUGGGCUCAGUGGCUAGUGAAACUGCGGGUAGCUUUCAUCAAGUCUGGAAGCUCAGCUGCUAUUCGAGCUGCAGCAUCACUGAGUGAUCAACAUCAACAUCUUGCUAAGGACCUUUUCAAUGCUGCAUUCAUGUCGGUAUGGACGGAGUUGACAGAAGAUUAUCAAGAUCGACUGAAGGCAUCUCUUUUAACAGCGUUGGAAACUAGUAACCAUCCUGAUGUCAUCCAGACAAUUCUCAACUUGGCUGAGUUCAUGGACCACUCAGAAAGGGGUCCUCUACCUAUCGCAUACGAUAGGUUAGGCAAGAGUGCCGAAGAUACGAAAGCCUAUGCGAAAGCCCUGAGGUACAAAGAGCUACAGAUCCACAAGCAUCUGAACAGAGGAGGAGGUGGUUUAACAACAGAGGAUUGUCAGGCUCUGAUCACGUAAGU